GCCGCCGCACGCCGCCCGGCCGGACCGCGGCCACAGCCAUGGAGGGAGAGAAAAAGCGCCAGGAUAAAGACACGUCAAAAGGAAAAAAGACAACUCAGGAUGCUUCAGGCACGGCUCCAACAGAAGUAAAAGCAAAGAAAGGAUGCCGUAACACAUACAGACUGGAGCCACGUACUAAAGUUCAGGAGAGUUUAUUAAGAGACACAGCUCGAGCAAUACUAACGAGUAAACUACAAGAAGCCACAUACGAUGGAGCUUCUAGUCCCUUCUUGUGUGCUUCAAUCUCAGAAGAAAUAUUAAAGGCUGUGAAGGAAUUGGACUAUGACCGUUAUAAGUAUGUGGUAUCAGUGCUAAUUGUGGAAAAGGCAAAUCAGGCAAUGAUUGUUGCCAGCAGAUGCCUCUGGGAUGCUCAAAGAGACACUUGGGUUUCAGCUAAAUGUGAAACUGAUACAUUUAUUGCACUGGCUUUGGUAAUGGCUUGUUAUUAUGAUUAAAACUCUUGAAACUCACAACUGCAUUUGCACAGCACAAUACCUGGUGUAUUUGAAAAUUUUCAAACCGUCAUUUUUUUAGUAUUCAUUUUUGUCCUAUCGCUGUUGG